CCACAACAACUAGCCUGAAAACAUCUAAGAUUACAGUAAAAUGCACAGCUAAAACGGAAAAUGGAAAACGGAUGUGGGACAAGAAGCAUUUUUGCUUGUACUGUAAAAAACCAAAUACUAAAAUUGCACGGCACUUGGAAAGAAAACACUGUAAUGAAAUUGAUGUUGCCCGAGCUCUAAGUUUUCCUAAAGGGUCUAAGCAAAGGGCGGCUUUGCUUGAAGAAAUUCGAAACAAAGGCGACUUUGAGCACAAUAUAGAAGUACUUGAAAAUGGUGAUGGGCAGCUCAUUACCUGGCGGCAACCAGAGGCCAACGCAAGGCCAAAUGAUUACCUUCCAUGUCCCCAGUGUUGGGGAUUUUUUGUUAAAACGGAUCUAUGGAAGCAUCAGAUAUCAUGCAGGGUAAGGCAAGUAAAGAACAUGAAGAAGACAAAAAGGAUCCAGUUACAUGCAUCCCGCCUAGUCCCAGUGUCCUCAUCUUCUUCAGGCUGCAAGGCUGUGUUGCAAAGCAUGCAACAGGAUGAUGUCAGCAUUUGUGUCAGAAAUGAUCCUCUCAUUUGUAAAUUCGGAGACGUUCUAUUUGAAAAACAUGGACACCAAAAAUUUCAGCAUUCAUACAUCGGCCAGAAAAUGCGAGAGCUAGGGCGAUUUUUGAUAGCCGCCAGAGAGAUUGACAAGAGUAUACAUUCGCUUCAAGAUCUCCUUAUGCCAGCAAAAUUCCAAACUGUUGUGAAUGCGACAAGAACCAUCAGUGGCUUUAAGGCUUCACAAAAUGAGUACAAGACACCUUCUCUGGCAUGCAAGAUUGGGUAUUCACUCAAGAAAGCUGCGGGAAUACUGGUUGGGGAGAGCCUAAUUACAGGAAAUACUAGUACAGAGAGGGAUGCGAAGACGUUCAUUGAGGUGAUGGAGACACAGUGGAACACCUAUGUUUCAGGACGUGCCCUGAACACUCUAAAAACAGCUAAGUGGAACAAAGAUGAACUGAUUCCUCUCACUGAAGAUAUCAUGAAAUUGCAGAAACAUCUUAAAGUCCUGGAAAAAGAUGCCCUAGAUGGACUGUCAGCUGCACCCAAUGUUUCAGACUGGACAAAACUUUCCCAGAGCCUUCUGACUCAGAUAAUCCUAUUCAAUAGAAGGAGGGAGGGAGAAGCAUCAAAAUUACUCAUGGCAACAUACCAAACAAGGAACAGAACUCCAGCUCACCCAGAAGUGUACGAGAGCCUUUCCAAACUUGAGAAGUCCCUUGUUAAUAACUUCACACGACUGGAGAUACGUGGGAAGAGAGAGCGAAAAGUCCCAUUGCUCCUCACACAUGAGAUGGAGGCAUCCAUAGAUCUCCUGAUAAGGAACCGAGCUGCAGUAGAAAUUUGCAGUGAAAACCCUUUUGUGUUCGCCCGAACAUCUGGAACCUCCCAUAUCAGAGGGUCAGACUGCCUCCGCAAAUUUUCAUUGGAAUGCCAGGCCAAACAUCCAGAACGUUUGAGAUCCACCAAAUUAAGAAAGCAUAUCGCCACUCUUUGUCAAAUGAUGAACCUGAAAAAUGAUGAGAUGGAUCAGGUGGCAAAGUUCAUGGGUCAUGAUAUACGUGUCCACCGUGAGUAUUACAGGCUUUCUGAAAGCACCAUUCAACUUGCUAAAAUUAGCAAAUUGCUGAUAGCCAUAGAGAAAGGAAGUCACACUUACUUGGGGCGUUCUCUGGAGGAGCUGAACAUAGAUGAAGACACUCUGGAUGAUGAACAAUCAGACCACGAAUGUACCCCACGCCAAAAGAAGCAGAAGAGGUCUUCAAGAACUUCCUCCCGAGAAGGUGAUUUGAAAAACACUGAAGACGAUUCUUGCGGAGAACAGCAGUCAGAAGGUGCAUGUCCACGCCAAAAGAAGCAGAAGAGGUCAUCAAAAACUUCCUCCCGAGAAGGUGAUUUGAAAAACACUGAAGACGAUUCUUGCGGAGAACAGCAGUCAGAAGGUGCAUGUCCACGCCAAAAGAAGCAGAAGAGGUCUUCAAGAACUUCCUCCCGAGAAGGUGAUUUGAAAAACACUGAAGACGAUUCUUGCGGAGAACAGCAGUCAGAAGGUGCAUGUCCACGCCAAAAGAAGCAGAAGAGGUCUUCAAGAACUUCCUCCCGAGAAGGUGAUUUGAAAAACACUGAAGACGAUUCUUGCGGAGAACAGCAGUCAGAUCAUAAACACACAGGAAAGCCCAGGCGAUCAUGGACCAACAGAGAGAAGGAGGCAGUGUGGCGUCACCUGGCCAAGCAUCGUACCUUAAAGAAAGUCCCGGGAAAAGAAGACUGCCUUCAGUGCAUCCAAGCAGAGUAUGCUUUGAAGAACAGAACAUGGAAAGAUGUCAAACAUUUUGUUUACAACACUAUUACAACAGAGAAGCGAAAAGCUGGCUCUCUCAUUUCAAAUGUCUAAAGAACAUUCUGAACAUGUUCUGAACAUGAACAUCCGUUCAUGUUAAUUUGUUCAAGUACAGUUAGUUACUCUGUUUAUUACCCUAAUUAGGGGUUUAAGAAUAUAGUAUUGAUGUGAUUGAGUGAUGUUUUGUUUUGCAAGACUACAUUUGACUGACUACUGAUUUUCAAAAAUACAGAUACUUAAGCAAUAAUACACUCGAGGUUCGUGCUAUAAUGUGUAAUAUUGGCACUUCGGCCUUGUGCCUAUGACCUCAGCACAGCAGUGCCAAUAUUAAACAUUAUAGCACGAUUCUUGAGUGCAUUUUUGCUAUUAUAACAGCUCAUUAUCACUGUUUAUUAAAAUUUUGAGUUAAAGAGGAGGAGAAAAUAGGAUCUGUUUGGUUAUAAAAACUGCCAGUUAAAUUGCUGCUCUGUUUGUGGCUGUGCUGUUUGGCUUGUAAGUUCUGCAUCGUUGCUAGGUUACCCAUAUGUGGCGGAGUAAUACAUGGAGAGCUUCAGUUACAGUGCAUUACCGGCUGGUAAUGUCACUCAUAAAACGUCUCUCAUAAAACAUCUCUCAGUCUCUUUUAUACUUCAACAAUUUGAAAAAAUGUCAGUAUAUCAUGUUGUUUACAGUAUUGCAAGAAAUGGCAAUAUAUUCAAUCGUAACCACUAUAUUGUGAUAUGUAUUGUAUCACUAAGCUCUUGCAAAUACACAGCCCUGACACUAAUGUUGUAGCUUUAAAAUACUUCUUCAGUUACCACUGCAGUUCUACAGUAGUUAGUGACUCUGUACCAGUAAAAGAUAAUCGAACCAGAGCAUGCUUUAAAGAGAAUGUGGAAAAAGUCUUAUACUGCAGUCUUACUGCAGUGUUGUAGCACCACUUCUCCCGGUCUUACUGUACUGUUAUACUGUAGCU